GUUUCAUGUUUAGGAAUUCUGGGAUAUGUCUAGUUGCAGAGGAAUUAUGGGAUCUUUUGCUUCCUAAGAAAAUGGCUGCAAUAGCGAAUUGUGUAAGGCAUGCUCUUGUGAGAAAUGCAUGUCUUUUAAGGGUUAUGUUACCACGAACUGCAGUUGUUGGUAUUCAACAAAAUCACAUUCAUACGAAGACAUGGAACCAAUUCUAUGCACUUCACAAACCAUCUUUGAUUCAGUGCCUGACCUGGCGGCAGGCAGGCCAAAUUCGACACUUCGCCGAAGCAAAACCUUCAAUGGAUCAAAUCCGUGAUAGAGUCCUUAGCGUUUGCCGAGCAUAUGACAAGGUCACUGCUGAUAAGAGGGUGAUUUCUCCAAAACGAUUAUACAGUUCAAAGGCUCCUCUCUCUCUCGAUUUCAUUCAAGGCAGAGUUCUGUUGGUUUUGAAACUUUACGAUAAAGUUGAUCCUAAUAAGCUCACAAUAGAAUCACAUUUCAUGAACGAUUUAGGAUUGGAUUCACUAGAUCAUGUAGAAGUAAUCAUGGCCAUGGAAGAUGAAUUUGGAUUUGAGAUUCCAGACACAGAUGCCGAGAAGUUGGUUCGGCCUGCUGAUAUUGUCCGAUAUGUAGCUGACAAAGAGGAUGUUUAUGAUUGAGCUGAUUUGUGACAACAGUCCUUUGUAGAAUGAUUGAACAUAGUUUUAUUGCUUUGAAAACAUCAGGCAGCGAGAAUUUAUACUUCAUCUUUUGUUGAGUUCAUGUUAGAAUCAACGCAGACCUGUGGAAUUAUGCCCUUAUGUCUUGAUACCAAGAAUCUUGGAAAGAAUACAUUUUCAUUUUAUUUAUGUUUAAUUAUAUUGUGUAUUCCCAAUUUCUGCAUGUAGCACUCUUGUAUUAUAAUUUCAUAUCAAACUGUUUGUUAAACAAUAAAAAAUACCACAAGUGCUGACGCUGUGAAUUGUUCAUGAAUUACAAAUAAUGGUGUAAAACUAUUUGUUAAUGUUGAUAAUUAUGGCAUCUGUAUCUCAGCUUGUGAUAAAAGUCUGCACAAGGGAUUUGCAAUAAUAGAAGUGGUACUUCUGGUAAAGAAAAUAAAAAUAAAAAUUUUAAUACUGGCUUUCA